CCCGUCCGUCUUGACCUUGCUGCCCUUGACUUACUCUCCUUCCUUCCUUUCUUCCUUCCUCUACGCGCGCGCUCACAAUGGCAUCAGACCCAUCGUCCUCCUCGUCGCCAACAGCUGCUCAUCCCACCACGGUCCUCCUUCUGCGCACGCCCAUCCCGCCCGCGCAGGGCACUGACCCUUACCAUGAUGUCUUUGGAUCCUUCUGCCUGCCCUCCUUCCCUCUCUCUGCCCUCGACUCGGGCGCCGCUACACCGCUAGCCUUGCCGCCAAAGAUGCUGCCCAGUGGUCAGACGCUGGCUGAUGCGCUCGAGGGGCAGCGAGCAGAGGGACCAAGACCAGAGGAGAUGCUCCUCGGCGCACUGCAGGAACAAAAGGCCAAGCAGUCCCGUGGACGAGCUAGCUCGCCGCAGCGCAACUAUACACGCCAGCAGGCCUCGUACGACGGGACCGAUUCCAGCUCUCAGAUGGGUGCUGCUUCCUCCUCCACCACCACCUCGUCUACCGCCCCGACCUUAACGACACACCACACCACCUCCUCCCCUCCGAGAGAAUACUGCAUCGUCUCCCUCCCCGUCCUUUCUAGCCGCUCCGCAAACCAAGCGCACUUCGACCAUCUCCUAGCAGAGGGCGAAUGGUCAGGCGUGGUAGCAACAAGCAAUCGAGCCUGGGACGCCUGGCGCGAGGCCGUCAUGCGCUGUUCGGGCUGUGCGGGCAAGGAGCCAAAGCAAGAUUGGACAAAUACGCCCUUCUUCCUCAUCUCGGCACGGAGUGCUGCAAGCUUUAGGAAUAGCAAGCUCGCAGGUGUCAAGGAAGGGUGGGGACCCAAGGUCAGCAAAGUGUACGGCGCGCCAAAUCGCGGGAAAGAAGGAGGAGGAGGAGGAGGGGCCAAGGGAGGUGAUGACGAUGCUGGGGAUGCGGGAGGCAAAGGGAGCGCGGGUGAGGCCUUGGGGCAGUAUAUUCUCAAUUGGUUCCAGUAUCAGGCGCCGCCCGCCACCUCAUCCUCAGCAGAUAGCUCGUCCUCAGCACCACGUAAGCCCCUCCUCAUACUUCAGGGAGACAAGUCUCUUCCCGCUCUCACCGACCUGCUCUCGGAUAACGAUAUGGCGUACGAGACGUGCCUGGUGUACGAGACGUGCGCCGACCCUGGGAUUGGCAAAGGGUUGACCGGAGUAGAAACCCUAUUGCAAGAUCUGAGCUGGACAUCAAGAGUAGCGGCAGCAAGUAGGGCGGGAAGUAGACGGGGCAGUGGCGCGAGCCCUAAGCUGUCCCAUUCAUUGAGGAACGAGAUCAGUAUGAGUAGCGUCGAGGGAGGAGAUGCGGCGGAGAAGACGGGGGAGGAGACGACCACUACUUUGUUGGACCCACAAGAGAUGCCCGACUCCCCUUCAGCCUUACCGGUCGACAGUAACCCGCUUCACCCAAACUAUCUCGUCUUCUUCUCUCCCUCGGGAGUCGACUUUAGCGCUGAUGAGCUGCGCAAGCGGGACUGGUUGCCACCGGCGCCCUCCUCCUCUUCCUCUUCAAGGUCAUCACAACAGAGGAGUAGCGUCGAGUCAAGACCGGGGAUAGUGGCGAUUGGGGAGACGACGGCCAAGCAUCUUCGCGAGUUGUAUGGUUUGCAAGACGUCCUGGUUGCGGAUAAGCCUGAGCCGGAGGGGGUGAGGGAGGCGAUUCUGCGGUGUGAGGGUCAGAAGAGUGCGGUAUCGCUGUAAUAGGUUCAGAUCUUCAUCAACAAGCAUUGGCUGUUGCUAGUCUAUCAAGGAGAGGGGGUGAGGGAGGCGAUUCUGCGGUGUGAGGGUCAGAAGAGUGCGGUAUCGCUGUAAUAUGUUCAAAUCUUCAUCAACAAGCAUUGGCUG